UGGAGGCAGGUAGCAUUGGCAGGCGGUGACAGCUUGCACUCUCCGCUUUUGCAAAACUCCAGCUAAUGUGGUGACGUUAAGUCACCACAUUUCUUCUCUGUCUUCUCUGUCGUCACUGUCUUCUCUGUUUCUUAUAGGAAAAAAAGCAGCCUGUUAUGUGGAUCAGGAAGCCUCACGUACACGACCACAGCUCUCAAGAUAAGAUGGCACAGAAGAAAAAUCAGGAAUCUCUUAAGGACAAGUUCAAGGCAUUGGACCUUCAGGGGAAAGAGUCCAACUGCUUUAAAUACCAAUAUGGCAAAGAAAAAUCAACACAUGAAAUCUACUGUCCGACUCCUUGCACCGUGUUAGAGGGACUCAGUGAAACAAUGACAUCUCACACCCAAAAAAAUGAAGAACUUGUUAUUAAGAGACAGGGAUUAAAGAAUGCAAUGAUAGCAACACAUUUCCCAAGCCAUCUGAUUGACAAGGGGGAGACGCUCAAGAUAGAGACAGUUUCCAAGACCGAGGAGACUGCUGCUGAAACCCGUCCGCAGAUUCAUCCAAAGGAAAAGUACGUCACAUUCCUCAUCGAUACAGAAGGUGGCAAAAACACAUCAAGCAAACAGCUGCUGAAGAAUCCAAAGCUUAAAAAACACGGCCCCUUCUGCGUUUACGGACUGAGGGGGGAGAAACUGAGGGAGGCGUUGACUAGAGAUGGCCGCUUUAUGGCCAUUGUGAUGACGGAAAAGUGCAAACUUGUGGACAAAGAUAAUGUUGCCAUCUUUACAAGGCAACUGGUGGACCGUAUGGAUGGCCGACACUUCCAGAUCACCCUGGACAGGAAGAAGAAUGAAGGAAACAACAGGGAUGGUUCUUCUGAAAACCCCAGAAUGAUGUCAGUACAAGAGACCUCUCAAUGCAAUGGACCAGAUGAGGAGAACACAGAUGAUGAUUUACUCAAACUUCAGAUGUGUCUGAAAAAUGAGGAUUUUGGCAAGAUCAGUCAGUCAUUUUCAGAAGUUUUCAGGCUGCAAAACUUGAUCAACUUUGGCAAAUCAGUAUGCAAAAUUGAUGUUGGUGGGUUGGCGUGUGGUACUGGUUUUGUGCUGUUUCACAACUACGUCUUGACCAAUGCACAUUUGUUUGAAAACCCAUGUGCACGGUCUAAAAUGCAAUUGUCUGUUGAAGUGAAAUGUAUCUUCGACUAUGUACGUCCAACUGGAGAAGAUGUGUUUGAGAUUCAUGCUAAAAAAGAGCUCAUAGACCACCAGCUCAUAGACCACCAGCACAAUCAAGGUCCGUGUAAACGUGCUCUGGACUACGCCAUACUGGAGCUAGACCUGGAGACCCUGAAGCCCAAUGAUAGGGAGCUUCCACCAGGUCUUCUCUGUAAAUACGGCCCAGUUCCAGAGAGAGGUGAGGCCUGUCUCGUCGGACACCCCUAUGGAGAGGUGCAACGACUGGAUCCCACAUGCAUCAUUCCUCGGGAGAACAGACAAAAGUCUAUAGAGUCUGUAUUGAUGAUCAAAGUGAAUAAGGAUGAACAGGAGCAUGGAGUUGUGACUUACAACUCCUACUUCUUUCACGGUUCAUCUGGCUCCCCGGUAUUUGAUGCUUUAGGUAGGGUGUUCGGCUUGCACACAGCCGGCAUUACAUACAACACUCUGCAAACCAGCUGCAAUGUCAUGGAGUAUGCCCACUCCUUGGAAGACGUCCUGGAGAGCUUUGUGGGGCGUUUGAGGGAAGACGGUAGCAAGGCAAAGCUUUUGGGUCAAGUAGAGAACGUGGCGCAAAAAAACUUGUUUCUCUAUGAGCGCUUUUUCAGGCCUCAACCCUCGGAUGAUGAAACUUUACCAAUGGAAUCUGAGCAGUCUGAAUUCAUGGACUGAACUGAAAAGUAAACACAACAUUCCACAAUUCUACAAAAGAUUUGAUUUUAUAAUGAAUGUAAAAUACCAGUAAAACCUUUAGGCCCCAAACAGGCCCCUCAAACAGCAUUUAUAAGUGGCUUAAUCUAAUUCUCUUUCUCUCUCUCGCUCUCUCUCUCGUGUGUGUGUGUGUGUGUGUGUAUACACACAUUCAGGACUACUCAGUUUUUUAUGUGAAGGACAUAGAUUCUUUGAUCCAUCUCAGGCACAUCCGAAUAUUGACUAGAAUUGGUCCCUAAGGACAAAUAGGGUUGUCAGACUUUAAACCAAUGUUGAGUUCAUUCCAAGUGUCUUCCUGAGGCAUAACUAUUUAUGCCACCGCCCAACGCCUUUAUCUGAUGCUAUAGAUUUUUCUAUGUACUUUAUAGAGUAAUAGUACUGGGGACAGUAAUAGUACACAGGGACAAAGUUGAGUGUCUUAAAGAAUGUGUCUCAUAUAAACAUGUGGCUGUCUACAAAGAAAUGUCAGUAUAGGGAACACCGCAUAUACAUUUUCUAUUUUAGUUUACAGUUCACUAAACUGUUGGCCUAGCAAGACCCACCCAGUAUUUUGUUUCAAUAACAUAAGUCAGUUUUAAAUAUAAACCGAGCUGUUUAUCUUUUCAAUAAUACAGUACAGUUUUUGCAGUAGUAUAAAUGGUGUACAUGGAUAUUGUUGGGUUCCAAACUGACAUUAGACGUUAUAGUUGAAUAAUAAGAUGUGAAACCAUGUAAGAGCCAUGCCUUACAAUGACAUCAGAAAUUCCAUGGUUUAUUAUGCAAUUCCAUUGGAACAUCUGUUGAAGUUGAACACUGUACCACUUUUACUGUAGUUUUUAAUAGUCUGUUAGAACUAUGUUCUUGAUGAUGAUCCUUGAUCUUCCACUGGAAGUUCUAUAUGCACUGUUUCUACAGUACGUUGAUUUGGAUAAAAGAUGCUAAAUGAAUAAUAAA